GAGCGCGGCGCAGCGCGGAGCAUCGCCUCCUGCCCGCGAAACUUAGCGGGGAGGAAGAAGAGGAGGAAGAAGAAGAGGAGGAGGAGGAGGGAGGCCCCGCCAUGCCGGGCCCCGCGGGGCAGCACCCCUGGGCGCGGGGGGGCGGCGGGGCCCCGGGCGGGCGCUGAGCGGUGCCUGGAUGCUGCCGUGUGCCCGCUCCCGGCCCCGGCCCCGGCCCCACCGAACCCCGAGGCCGCGGGGACGGGCUGCUGGCCCCAUAGAGCCGGGGGGGGCUGCGGCCCCGUCCCGCGGAAAGCGAAGAUUUAGGUGGGAAACUUUGGGAUUUCGGCAAAGCUCCGAAGAUGCCUUUCCACCCGGUGACCGCCGCGUUGAUGUACCGGGGCAUCUACAACGUGCCCCCGCUGCUGGCCGAGCAGCACCCUGUGGACAUCCCCGAGGACGAACUGGAGGAGAUCCGCGAGGCCUUCAAGGUGUUCGACCGGGACGGCAACGGCUUCAUCUCCAAGCAGGAGCUGGGCACGGCCAUGCGCUCACUGGGCUACAUGCCCAACGAGGUGGAGCUCGAGGUCAUCAUCCAGCGCCUCGACAUGGACGGUGACGGACAGGUGGACUUUGAGGAGUUUGUGACACUGCUGGGGCCCAAACUGUCCACCUCGGGCAUCCCAGAGAAGUUCCACGGCACCGACUUCGACACCGUCUUCUGGAAGUGCGACAUGCAGAAGCUGACGGUGGACGAGCUGAAGAGACUGCUGUACGACACCUUCUGCGAGCACCUCUCCAUGAAGGACAUCGAGAACAUCAUCAUGACGGAGGAGGAGAGCCACAUGGGCACGGCCGAGGAGUGCCCCGUCGAGGUGGAGACCUGCUCCAGCCAGCAGAUCCGGCAGACGUGCGUGCGGAAAAGCCUCAUCUGCGCCUUCGCCAUCGCCUUCAUCAUCAGCGUGAUGCUCAUCGCCGCCAACCAGGUGCUGCGCAGCGGCAUGAAGUAGCGCGGAUGCGGGGUGUCCGUGUGGGUAUGGGGUGUCCGUGUGUGUAUGGGACACCCUCCCGCUGCGAGCAGACCCGCCAGGAAACACCCCGGGGAUGGAGAGAGGAGCCCGGCGGGGUGAGGUGGAGCUCGCAGGGCCGCCUGCAGGACGCACUGACUCAGAGACGCACACCAAACUAAACCCUCGCCAGCAAAUACUCAGUGCAUGCAAUGUGCAUGGAGCCCGUCUGCUGCCCCAUCCCUCCGAGCCGGGGCGACCCCGGUGCCGGCUGCACCACUAUAGCCUCUAUAGCUCGAUAUUUAUGAUGAAAACAGAACAGAACACACACGCACACACACACACACACACACACACACACACAAACCCAACCAAACCAUCUCGUAAGCAAUACGCCCGCGCGUGAGAUGUUUUUCUCUUCGGAGAUCCGGGAGCGUUUGCAUGGACGUCGCUGCCAAGGGCUGGAUGUCACCCCCCGCCCCCCAACCCCGUGCCUUGCCUCAGUUUCCCUCCCCCCACCCCCCCCCAGACGGGGUUGGCACUGCCGACCUCUGCUUGAUGCACUUUGCAAGGACCCGCCGGGAAGAGCCGCGCAUCCCGGGGGACCCCCCCACCCCCAACCCCCCCCAGCCUGUAUGUAGCACCCCGGCACCGGACUGGUUCGGAUGCGGGUCCGUUUCUCAUUCUUUGGGUUUUGUUGGAUUUCCCUUUUUUCUUUUUCUUUUUUGUCAUUAUUUUCUCUUCCCCCCCCCCCCCCCCUCCUUCCUGGUUGGUUGUUAUCAAUCUGAAAUAAAUCUGGGGUUUCUGAAGCGCUCGGGGCUCAUGGUGGGAUGGGGUAUCCAUGGGUGCUGCACAGCCCCCCCCACCGUGCCCCAGUGCUUUCGGCUGUAGGUGUUGAUCCAUGUGUGAAGCUCCAGGUUUAUGGCACAGCAGGGGUCCAACCAACCCCCCCCCCCCCCCCACACACACACCCCCCAAAUGCCACCCCGCUAACAAACCCAUGGGUGCCCUUACACAGAGCUCCCUGGAAAUCACUGCUACGUUGCUCCGGGGGGGUCCCGCAGCCGCCUGAUGGAUCGCCCCCCCCUGAGCCCCCGGACAAUGCAUUUUUAAUGGCAAAGAGAUUAAAAGAAUAAAUAAAGACACGGGGAGCUCUCCGUGGCACAGCUGCUUCUCACACCGCCGGCGCUGGAGGUGCCCAUCCCUGGGGCUGUUGGGCCAUCCAAGUGGAGGACCCCUCCGUUUAUGGGGUCAGAAGGACCCACCGCUGCCCACCGGACCCCAUGGAGCCACAGCCCGGGUGCAAAACCCCACUGCAAAUGGGACACGGCGGGCAGGAAAAGACGUGGAGCGCAGGGUUCAGAGCACGGGAUGGCUGCAAGCAGGAA